GAACCUCUUUGGGGACAUCCACAACUUCAAAGAAGAGGUGGCGCAAGGUGGUGCCCAGGGCCCUUCGCAGACCAUGGUGCUGCAGAAGAAGUUCUCUGACAAUGUCUUCGGCAAAAUCGCGAAGAACAAGUACUUCGAGCUCACGACCAUCAGUAUCAUUGUGCUUAACGCGCUGGCCAUUGGCGUGGGUGCUGAUUACUCAGCAAGGUUCGUUACACCUGCAAACCUCUACGAUGGCCCUGUCUUUUUCAUUGUCACGGAAGUCUUCUUCGCGACGUACUUCACCAUCGAAAUCCUCAUCAGAUUUCUCGCGUACAGGCAAAAAUGCCAAUGCCUGCGGGAUGGGUGGUUCAUCUUUGACGCCGCUUUAGUGUCCCUCAUGGUCUGGGAGACCUGGAUCAUGCCCUUCAUCGGCGGCCUGCAGGGACUGGGCCAGCUCAGCAUCCUCCGGCUGCUGCGCUUGCUGCGCAUUACUCGCAUGGCAAAGCUGAUGCGGGCGUUCCCGCAACUGCUGAUGAUCUUGAAAGGCAUUACCGCGGCGGCACGCGCUGUGGGCUGGACGGCAGUUCUCUUGGUGAUUAUCAGCUUUACUUGGUCUAUCCUGUUCACCAAUGAAUACCAUCAAGGACAUCUUAGCGACGAGGAGUUGGCGGAGUUGGACCCCGGCGACCCUCGCAGGGCCCGAACCUCGGACGAAGGCACCAGGUAA